AGAGAGAAAUAUACGUGGCAUCUAUAUUGUUCAAAAUUGUAGCAGUCUCCUGUGCUUUUUGAUGGUCAGAGCCACUGUUGCUGAACAGCAGCGCAUUAGCCCAAAGUAUCUCCCCACCGCUGGCCCCUUUGGUGCCACUUGGCAGGACCUAGGUCAGAUUUGCCUUUCUGUUCCUGUGCCGGGCAAUCUGGUACAAUCUGACAAGUGCUGCCACUUGCAAGCGAUCAGCAUGGCAGAUGUUUCCAGACCACAGCAGCCUUCAGUGCAGCGUUGCAAUUUGCAGGAUUUUAAUCAUCAGAAGUCUCGCCAUGAGUAUCAGAGCUCCCAGGGCAGCAAGGCCAUCCAGAGGCAGUGCAGGCGAAGAAUGACCUGCCCCAGUCCAGCCGAGAUCAGCAAGGCGAAGGCCAUCAUGUCCAUGCCUCAGCUCAGCAAGGCUCUCAGCCUGGACGAACUCAUUCUGAAAUGUGUCCAGUCCUUUGAUACUGAAGGGUGCCUGCGCUGUAGCAGCGAAACAGUCAACGUCACACUCAUGAUGCACAGUUGGAUCAUCCCAUCGUCGGAAUUCGCUCAGAAGCUCCUGCUGCUUUACCGAGACGCAGGAGGGGAAAAGCGCGACCAGAUUCGGGUGAAGAUCUGCCAUUUUGUAAGGUACUGGAUAGCACGUUAUCCCAUUGUGUUCACUGUGGACAGCAAACUGGAGGAUGUGAUGUCCCAGUUCUGGCAGUUGGCCCGAAAUGAAGGCGAGGAAUCUCACUGUCAGCUCAUCGACACAUCCAACAUACACAUGCACGAAUGGACGUGGAAGUACACGCAACACGCCAUCUCUAGCAACAACAAAAAACGGAAAGUCUCCCUGCUUUUCGAUCACCUGGAGCCGACGGAAUUGGCAGAACACCUCAGCUACCUUGAGUUUAAUUCCUUCUGCCAGUUAACGUACCUGGACUAUAGGAGUUACAUGGUGAGUGGGUGUGUGAGGGAGAAUCCAGCGCUGGAGCAUUCGGUGUCUUUGGUUAACGGGAUCUCCCAGUGGGUGCAGCUGAUGAUUCUCAACAGGCCCACAGCAGCUCAGCGAGCUGAAGUCUUCACAAAGUUCAUACACGUCGCUCAGAAACUGCGGUUGCUCCAGAACUUUAACACUCUCAUGGCAGUGAUCGGAGGCCUCUGUCACAGCGCCAUUUCCCGGCUCAAGGAAACCAGCUCCUACCUCUCUCAGGAUGUUACCAAGACAUUGAAUGAAAUGACAGAGCUUCUGUCCUCCUGCAGUAACUAUAGCAACUAUCGGCGGGUCUUCAGUGAAUGCACUGGUUUUAAAAUCCCCAUCCUUGGGGUCCACCUGAAGGACCUGGUCUCCCUGAAUGAAGCCCUGCCAGACUAUAUAGAGGAUAAGAAGAUUAACCUGAACAAGCUGCAGCAGCUGUACAGUCGCAUCCUGGAGCUGAUCCAGAUCCAGGGCAGUACGCCACCGUUCGAAGCUAACAAAGACCUUGUCCAUCUGCUGACGUUAUCACUCGACCUCUACUACACUGAAGAUGAAAUCUAUGAGCUGUCCUACGCAAAGGAACCAAAAACUCACCGAACUGUGUCAGUGCCCCCCUGCAAGCCACCGGUGGUAGUUGACUGGGCCUCGGGGGUGGCACCAAAGCUCGAUGCCGUGACGGUCAGUAAGCAUGUCCAGCAGAUGGUGGACUCCGUGUUCAAAAAUUACGAUCACGACCAAGAUGGCUACAUUUCCCAAGUUGAGUUUGAGAAGAUCGCCGUCAGUUUCCCAUUUUCGUUCUUCGUCCUGGAUAAGGAACGCGAGGGCCUGAUCAGCCGAGAGGAGAUCACGGCCUACUUCAUGAGGGGCAGCUCCAUCUGCUCCAAGCUGAGGCUUGGCUUCCUGCACAACUUCCAGGAGACCACCUACAAGAAGCCCACCUUCUGCGACAGCUGCGCUGGAUUCCUGUGGGGUGUCAUCAAACAAGGAUACAGGUGUCAGGACUGCGGCAUCAACUGUCAUAAGCAUUGCCGGGACGUGGUGGUACUGGAGUGCAAGAAACGCAGCAAAAGUCCACAGAGCGAAGGCACACUGCCGUGCCCCCUGACCCUCUCCCUGUUGACACCCAUCACUCAGAAGGGUCACGGAACUGGUAAUGAAGACGAUAUAUUCACGUACCCGCAGAAUGACAGUGCCGAGCACGGUGACGAUACGAAGGACCAUACCAUCGUCGUAAUGGGUCACUUGAACCAGAAGAUCUCAGUGCGAAUACAGCCUGCCGUGGCCGACAAGUCGGUGCAGACCGAGCCGGACAAACCGGGCAGGGAGCAGGGCACCAGGGUGCUGGCGGACGGCCCCAAACCCCAGCAGCCUCACCCAGGCAGGAGGCAGAAGGUUGGCAGUGAGGAGAUGGCAGACAGUGAACACUGGGUACAGAGACUGCAGGAGGUACAGAAGCAAAGGAACCAGUUGGCCGUGGAGAACAGCGAGCUUCACAAGCUGAAGGCCGGGCUGGAGGCCGAGAACAGCAGCCUGCAGGAUCGCCUGUGUGCCUUGCAGCAACAACUGGAUGCUCUCAGGCAGCCCACGGUCACCCUCAUCCUGGAACAAAUGGACAACCUCCAGGUGGAGCAUGACUCCAAAAUCUGAACCUCCACCAUUGCCCUGUCUGGGGGGGGGGGGGGGGGGAACAUAGACGAGGGGAAGUAGCACUGUUUAAACUAUAAACGUACCGACACUUUUGGUUUUACUUGGCACCUCCUUAUCGUCAAAGACGGGCAUUACCUCAGAGAACAGACUGAAGCGAAUCCGGUGCUGCUCCGGCCUCCUUCCCCAGCCACCCCUGCUUGGCAGGCAGGCAGUCAGAUGGGGAGAAACAGGCAGGCUCUCUUUCGCGCUAGGCCUCAGUGACGGCCCUGAGUACUUUCAGCUCAUGCCUCAGAGGGAACGUGGUCAACCCCCAGUCCCACCUGCUCCUCCUCUCUCUCUGCUACAACAACAACCUGCCAGAAUUUUACUCCAGAUGGCGCCCACCCAACACCCUCCUGCUGCAUCGCCAUAAACCGGAGACACGGCGUGUCUCUCUCUCUUUGCCAUCCCACAGGCGGAACUGAGAUUUCAUGGAGGUCCUUUCGAUGGGUGACAUCCAUCAUUUAGACACUCAGGACUCAAAGCUUUGACCUUGGGCCCCAGUCUCCGAUGGAAAUGGGCCUUGAGCCAAGAUCGAACCAAACUCCGAAGUUGGGCAGGAUCGCUCCCGCCUCUGACCGCCCGGUAUGUCACCGGUGACUCGGUCUAGCAAGUUGGCGUUUUCCAGAUGGACUGGAUCCCAAUCUCCCCCUCCCCCGCCACCCUCACUCCCAUCCGAAUGUGUCGGAGAACCAGCCGGGAUUGUGUUGAAUGUAGGAUUGCGUUCGAGUGGCCUACUCGUGAUCCGAUAUUUUGUUGAAUCCGCCGGGUCGGGUCAGGGCGGGGCGGGGGUGGGGAGCCAGGGAGCACCUCCAGGCAAAAUGGCCGCUCGCGGUGAGUGCCACAAGGCUGGUGGUCGUUGAGGGGACCUUGCUGUCGAUUCUGAACGCCGUCCCGUGCCAGAUGGAUGUCUGAUUUAUUUAUUUUUUUCUUUUUUUUUCCCCCCAGCACCCAUGGUGUGUGUGUGCAGGUGUGAGACAC